GUAUACCAUCAUCAAACUUGAGGAUCCCAAUAACAACAGGAUUGGACAAUGGCUCAAUGAAACAUCCAACAGCAAAAUACUGCAGCUCUCCUACCCCCUAAACUCUGAGGCCCAGGAAGGAUCCUACAAAAUCAUUGUGUCAGCAGGAGAAAAUAAAAUACAGCACAACUUUAAAGUGGAGAAGUAUGUUCUGCCCAAAUUUGAUGUAACAAUAAAUGUAAAGGAAGAAGUUAGUGUUGGGCAGGAAGGAAUUGAAGCUAAAGUGUGUGGAAAGUACACAUACGGACAGCCUGUGCCAGGAAGUGUUACUGUGAAAAUGUGCCGACCUUUUUAUGACUCCACUCCCAAGAGUCAGAGGAAAAAACCUCUUUGUGACAUUCAGACACAGAAGGCAGACAAAACAGGAUGUAAUACAUUUGAAUUCCAAAUGUCAAUUUUCACCAGAGGCGAUCGACUAGAAUUACAACAUAAACUUGAUGUCACUGCCACAGUGGAAGAGGAAGGAACAGGUACAUCACUCUCACAAGUGAAGCAAAUUCAAAUCUCAUAUGUUAUUGGAAAACUGUCUUUUGUUGAUGUUCCAAAUGUUUAUGAUCAAGACUCAGUGGUGGAGGGAAAGGUCAAAGCUGUUCACUACAAUGACACACCCAUGUCACACCAGUCUUUGUACCUGUUUAGAAGUACUUGGACUACACUCGUUCAUCAGGAACUCAGAACUGACAUCCAUGGUUUUGCCUCAUUCUCUCUCAGAACUUAUGCAUUGAAAGGAGAUAUUUUUCUUUAUGUUAGCCCCUUACCAUCAAUAUCCUACUCUACAUAUAAAGUUCCUCAUAUUUUGAAAGCAUCUCACACUAUUAGGAAGUCUCAACCUUCAUCUGUUACAACAACCAGCUCCCUGAAUAUAAAAAGCAAGACAAUACUUCCCUGUGACAAAGAAACAGAGAUCUUUAUUGAGUACACUUUUGUGCAGGAAUCUCCAGGCUCUGUGGAUUUCAUUUACCUGAUGUUAUCCAGAGGAGCUAUUGCCAGUCAAGGACAAAUACUGGUUGAGGUGGAAAAUAAAUCAGUGAAUGAAGGUGAGGUGUCCUUUAAGCUCAACGUGUCUCCAGACUUGGCUCCAGAAGUCCAGAUUAUGGUUUACGCUGUCCUACCCAGCAAGAAGGUGAUCAGUCAAAGUACUGACUUCUCCACUGAGAAAUGCUUUAACCAUAAGGUCUCUCUGGAGUUUUCUUCAUCAUCAGCUGUUCCAGGAGAGGAGACCAACCUGCAGCUGACGGCUCAGCCUGACUCUCUAUGCGGUGUCAGUGCCAUCGAUCAGAGUGUCCUCAUCAAGGAGCCUGGAAAGACUCUGGAUGCAGAGAAGAUAUUUAGUUUGCUGCCUGUCAGAAAAGUAUCAAAAAUACCAUCUGACAUUGUGGAAUCUACGGAUUGUUUACCCGAUAUGAAGAAAGUGGGACUGAAGAUGGCAACAAACCUGUUUACUGAAUUUUUAUGUUCUAAAAUGUUGUCUAAGUCAGUUUUGCAAUAUGCGGAAAUAUCAUCGAGAGGCCUGGUACUUGAUGAAAUCAGUUUAGUACCAUCAAACUUUCAAGAUAAAGAUGUUGAAGGUGAAACUGAAGACAUCUUAGAACCCACAAAGACAGUUCGCACCUUUUUUCCUGAAUCUUGGAUAUGGGACUUGGUAGAAACUGGGUAAGCAAGGCGGAUCAUUAAGUCCUGAAAACAAAAAUUUAUUUAGCUACUUUUACUCUAUUAUUUAUUUUUAUGUAUUUAUUUAAUCUAUGUGCACUUUUAGGCUCUGAACAAAAUUUGCUGUUAUCAGUAUGUCUUUAUCUCAGACAUGAUCAAUAAAUCAUAUUUCAGAAAUUAAAUUUGUAAACAAAAAUGUGACGGGGUUUUCAUAUGACUUGGACAAACAGAAAUAUGACUGCCCAAGGCCAGAUUUCACUUUGGUGAAAUUUAUUUAGCUCUUCAAGUGAACAAAGAUGGCAGGUGCAAAAUUAUAUACAAGGACGUCCAGAUAGGUCAAAACAAAACAGACAGCAGUACCUUCAAGGAAAGAGUCCAUCACCUUCACUGUGACAUGGCAGGAGUCUAGCCACAGACUGCCUCCCUGUGGCGCAGAGCCCUGCUUUUAAAGCCACAGGCUCCGCCCACAGAAA